UUUCCGGGUACGGUUUCGGUCACAAAGCCGAGACCUCCUUUCGCAGGUGGCGUCACGGGUCCUCUGCUCCGUGCCCGAGGUCAGCAAGCAAGGACGGGCGCUUCUCAGGCAGCCGCCGGAGCCGGGCCUCGCAGCUCCCGGACUGCGGUUCGAGCGACACGUUUCUUGGCCCACUCCCCGCCUCCGAGUCACGCUCUGCCCUGUGAGGUGCCAUGCAGAAGGACUAAGACUCAGCACCCGUUUGAUACAAAAACAAGUUCAUGCUCACUAGAGUGUUCGUGGGAAAAGUGAAUCCCAGUUCACACAAGACACAAUGGCUGAGUAUGGGGCUCACAUCACAACUGCUUCAGUGGCGGACGACCAGCCAUCCAUCUUUGAGGUGGUAGCACAGGACAGUUUAAUGACAGCAGUGAGACCCGCUCUUCAGCAUGUGGUCAAGGUUCUUGCAGAAUCAAAUCCUGCGCACUAUGGCUUCCUCUGGCGGUGGUUUGAUGAAAUCUUCACUCUGCUAGACUUCCUGCUCCAGCAGCAUUAUCUUUCUAGAACUAGUGCCUCAUUUUCUGAACACUUUUAUGGCUUAAAGCGGAUUGUGGCAGGGAGCUCGCCGCAUCUUCAGAGACCGGCCAGUGCUGGUCUUCCCAAGGAACACCUCUGGAAAUCUGCCAUGUUCCUUGUCCUUCUUCCCUAUCUGAAAGUGAAGCUAGAGAAGCUGGCUUCUAGCUUGAGAGAAGAAGACGAAUACUCUAUUCACCCCCCUUCUUCUCGCUGGAAACGAUUCUACAGAGCCUUUCUGGCGGCCUACCCUUUUGUUAACAUGGCCUGGGAAGGCUGGUUUCUUACACAACAACUGCGUUACAUCUUGGGGAAAGCUGAGCAUCACUCUCCCCUGCUGAAACUGGCUGGAGUUCGGUUAGCUCGACUGACAGCUCAGGACAUGCAAGCUAUCAAACAGAGACUGGUUGAAGCCAGUGCAAUGCAGGAGCCCGUCAGAAGCGUUGGUGAGAAGAUAAAGUCAGCUCUGAAGAAAGCUGUGGGAGGUGUUGCCUUAUCCCUCUCGACUGGCCUCUCUGUGGGUGUAUUCUUCCUGCAGUUUCUUGACUGGUGGUACUCUUCUGAGAACCAAGAAGCCAUCAAAUCACUGACUGCCCUGCCCACUCCACCACCACCUGUACACCUAGACUACAACUCUGAUUCUCCCCUCUUACCCAAAAUGAAAACAGUGUGCCCACUCUGUCGUAAAACUCGAGUGAAUGAUACGGUUCUUGCCACCUCUGGCUAUGUAUUCUGUUACCGCUGUGUGUUUAAUUAUGUGAGGAGUCACCAAGCCUGUCCCAUUACAGGGUAUCCAACAGAAGUCCAGCAUCUAAUUAAACUCUACUCUCCAGAGAACUGAAAGAGCUUAGUGCAUUAUCUCACCACUCAAGUUCUAUACUCUAAGGCCAUGAGACGGUUUUAGUAUGGCAGACAACAGUGAUACUUCCCUGAUUCAUAACUACAUUAACUUUAAGUAGUUACAUGGGUUUCUUUAAAAGGAUAUAUCCAUUCGAUCCUAACCUUUUGGUUUGCUCUCUACCAAGCUGGUUAAGCAGGAGAAUCAGGAUUAUCGGUGGUGUGAGAGCCAAUGUGGAGGUGAGUUAUAAAAGACCACCUCACUUAAAGAGUAAGGUUUUAAGUUGGAUGUGGUAGUAUAGUAUCAACACUCUGGAGAUGGAGGCAGGAUUUUGAGUUCAAGGCCACCAUAGGGAGACUGUCAAAAGUAAAAUGAAAGUGAGAGACUGAUUAAGAGGGAUAAAAUAUCACAGGAAACCUCAGGUUAGACCUUAUAAAGCAAGUGGUUUGGGAAGCAGGCCUUCUCUUUAGAAAACAUUACUUUUGAAUUAGAGGCUUUAUCAGACAUGGACUUUCUCUUUAUAGAAAUGCUUUAGAGAAAAGCCCCUUCCAUCUAUCAUGACUUACUAACAUCUACCACAGUUUAUCAGCAUUUGAAGAUUUCCUUGAUGAUCCAUACUUGUCUUGGGAUAGGGUUUGUUUAUAGGGAGGAGUCUGGAAAUUUCAGUAUGAAUGAAAACUAGCAGGCAAUGGUGAGAUGCAGUAAAAUCCUUAUCUAAUGUUUACCUGAUGCCUACCUAGUGAAGAGUUAAUGAAGGGCAGAAGCCUUCUGCUUGCUCUCAUGAGUUUGCUCAACUGGCAGUUUGCUCAGUUGAUAUGAAUCAUGCUAGGUAUUAUGAAAGUUUCUAUGAAACAUUUAAGUCAAUUUUAACAAUACAUGAUUCUGGGAAAGAAUUGUUCCAUGCUGUCAUGAUUAUGCGGAAACCCAAAAGAUUACUUCAGGGGUUUAAAUAAAUUUCCGUUCAGAUCACCAUUGACUUCUUGAAGUUUUUCUGUAUCUAUUAAAGUUUUGCUUUUUAAAAAGACAAAUUCAAUAAUUAGAACAAAAAUCCUGUUCUAACAGCACAGAUACCACCUUGUAUGAAAUAACAUUUGCCAGAAACAAAAGUUUAGUUGCUUGUUUAGGAAGAUUUAUGACAUUGGAUGGACAAGCUGGUGAAGAAACAGCUUCUGAAAAAUCAUUAAUGCAAGCCAGAUGAAAAUAAUUUCCAAGUGCCUACUGUGAUUCAUGCUGGCAAUUGAGCGCAUAAUCGCUGGUACCAUGAACAUGAUAUAACUUUUACUAAGUUUAAAAUAGAUAAGCCAUCUUGUAGAUUUAAAAAUAUUGAAGCUUACCAGAAGAAGAGUAUAUGAUCAUUUAUAAGCUCUGGUAAAAACUUACCAAAAUAAAGAUCUUACCCAAACAAAUACCAUGGUUAAUUAAAAACACUUUUAAUACAGUAAUAAUAAGUCAAUAAGGAAUUGAUUCCAAUUCAGGGCAGAAAUGAUGAAUCCUCCAUGCAGUUUUCAACCCUGAUUUCUCACCUGGACCUAAGAAGGAAAACAUGAAAGUAUCAGUAAUUCAAAGGAUACAAAAGAAAUACUCUUACACAUUAUAAGCCAGGAUCCACAUAGGUUCAAAUACCCCCAUGUGGUCAGCAGAAUCAGCUCAGAGAGAAGAUUAAGGGGUCACACCCUGGUCAGAGCCAGCGCCAAAGCAAUGGCAAUACCAGGUCAGACUAUACUUCGCUCAUCAUUGCAUGGCUCCAUUUCACAUCCAGUCAAAUGUAGGCUUACACACUCAAAAAGCUACUCUCACAUGCUUCAACUUUGAAGUUUCAAUACUUUCCACUAUGUGGUAAAUAACUGCUAUAUAAUAAUAAAAAACUUAAAACAAGUUUUUGGGUUUUUUGUGGGUAGGGGGCUUUUUUGUUUUCACAACACAGAGUGGAGAAGCAUUUAUCACUCAAAAAAAGUUUUUAGAGCCAAGCACAGUGGUGCACAUCUUUGAUCUCAGCACUUGGGAAGCUGAGGCUGUAGGAGCUCUGUGAGUUUGAGUUCUACACAGUGAGUUCCAGGACAGCCCUCAGAGCUACAUAACAAGACCCUGUCUCAAAACAGCAACAAAAAGGUUUUGUUGUUAUUUACAUGAGUCCAACCUCCAUUUAUUUUGACAAAAUCUUAGGGAUAUUUGUUAAGAGACACAUAGUCUAAAAAAGUAGUAGCUGUAGAAAAGAUUUCCUAUUAUCCAUUUAACAUAGAAUUCAACUGCCAAGGAAGAUAAAAGACAUAGUCACAAUGUCGGGCACAGUGACUCGUGCUUGCAGUUCCAGCUACUCCAGUGGGUAAGACGGGAGCCAAGGAGUCCUGAGCAACACAGGAAAGUGUACAGUGAACAAGCAAAGCUCUACAUCAUAAUUUUUUUCCUACCAGAAACUCCUAAUUUCAGUCAAAAACUCUUGAGAGUCAGUACAGGGGAAUGCCAGAGCCAAGAAGUGGGAGUAGGUGGGCAGGGGAGUCGGAGGGCAGGGUAUGGGGGACUUUUGGGAUAGCAUUGGAAAUGUAAAUGAAGAAAAUACCUAAUUUAAAAAAAUAGCUUGAAGGAAACCUAAAAAAAAAAAAAAAAAAAAAAAAAAAACUUCUUGAGAGGUUAGGGUCUUCUAAAGCUCUAUACCACUUAAUAGCAGAAUUAGGAAGGUCUGAAUACCAGGUUUCUAUUUUUCCAUCUCUAACUUCUCAACAUCCACCCUUUACUAAUAAUAGGUGAAACUACAGGCACUGGAGAGAUAGCUCAGUGGUUCAGAGCACUGGCUGCUCUUGCAUAGGGUCAAUAACUGAUUUAAAGCUCAUCUGUUUCACAACACUGUGAUUCAGUGGGUCUUCUGCCUCUGUUUUCCCUGGAUUCCAGCACAUAUAUAUGCUGACUUUAAACCUAUAAAAGUGUAAUUCAGUCACUAAAGCAUCCACUUUCUCCCCAUGGUCCAGGAAAUAAUAUACAAACUACUGUGGUAUUCAAGGGAUUUCAAAACAAUGAAUGAGGCCUUAGGUCAAUUCCCAGAAAGACCAUCACCACAACCAAACAACCUCCAAAACAACAAAAAUCAAGCCAGGGGCAGUGGUGGUUACACCUGUAAUCCUACUGCUUUGGGAGGCUGGGGCAGAAGAAUCCUGAGUUUGAGGCCAUGGUGGGCUAGCUAUACAGACUCUGUCUUUAAAACAAAAUAAAGGGGCUGGAGAGAUGGCUCAGUGGUUAAGAGCACUGACUGCUCUUCCAGGGGUUCUGAGUUCAAUUCCUAGCAACCACAUGGUGGCUCACAACCAUCUGUAAUGGGCCUCCUCUAGCAUGUCUGAAGACAGCGACAGUGUACCCAUAUACAUGAAAUAAAUAAAUCUUUUAAAAACAACAAAAUAAAAACCCCAAAAUAACCCAUUUACCCCUUAACUAGUUAAUAACAUAAUCCUAACGAAUCUUACAGACUACCCAACCUAGACUAUUAAAGUUCUCAAAUCUACUAUUAGAGCUUGUGUUCCCCUGCCCCAGAGAAACCCUUCCUGCUGUCAGCUCUGCCUCUCCAUACUGCUGCCACUUUACACAGGAAACCUUAUCUCGAUUAAUCCCAAAGGAAGGCUCUGCCCUUUGAAUUACAGAAGCAAAGUUUGUGAAACCGAUUCCGCUUAAAGAUCCAGACAGACAUGGUGGUACCUGAUUCCAAGUUCCUGCCAUGCCAGCAGGUACCUAGUUCUCUGCCUCACAGCACUCAUCUCAUGGCAACUGGUGUGCCAACUAUGCGCCAGUUCACGAGUUUUCCCCCAUCUCUCCCACCAGCCCCAUCUCACUGAGUUCCUAAAGAACUGGGGAAGCGUGUUAACAGCCUGGAACAAAAGGGUUCAAUUAAGUGACCUUGGUAAGCCUAAUCCCAUGGCUUUUAAUUAGAAAUGCAUGAGCACAAUUUAUAACGCCAUCUUACCUCCAAAUGUCACACGGAUAAGGACCAUACCUCGGGCAUCUUCAAGCACUCAUUCCCCCAUCCUCUAAUUCAUGGCGCUCUGCACAGAUUCCUUUGCUGACCAGAGAGGACUUACACACAGGUUCUCAAAGCAAAAAAAAAAAAAAAAAAAAAAAAAAAAAAAAAAA